CAAAGUAAUACAUUGAGGAAAUAAGUUCUACACCUAUAACAACCCCCGACGGCUGCAUCGUUUGAAAAGUGCAGUAGCUUUCAGAUUCAUUAAUUGUUACAGUUGUUGCAAAUAUUUAAGCAAUAGCAUGAAGCAUAUAUAUAUGUCAACUCCAAGAUAGACUGCGGACAUCACACGAAAAAAAACUAUGCGUGUUCCCUUUUUGCGAACCUCUCGCACUCACACUUACACAGACGAGCUCUCUCCGCUCUUAAAAUCGCCUAUUUGUUGCUGGCCGCUGUGCAUGUUUUGCUAAUAUUAAUAUAUGUAUAGUGCCAGCUAAGAAUCAGUAGUCGCCGCGGCAUCGACGUGUCAGUUUGAAGCAAAAUAUAUUAAUCGCACCAAUCUAGUCGCAAAGUAGCUCCAAGAAAAACUAACGAGCAAAAACAAAAAUACAAUGGCGGAAAAAGUAAAUGUGUGCAUUGUGGGCUCCGGCAACUGGGGUUCGGCCAUAGCGAAAAUCGUGGGUGCCAACGCCGCCGCUCUACCGGAAUUCGAAGAACGGGUGACCAUGUUCGUCUACGAGGAGAUGAUUGAGGGCAAAAAGCUGACGGAGAUUAUUAACGAGACGCACGAGAACGUCAAGUACCUGAAAGGACACAAGCUGCCACCGAAUGUGGUUGCUGUGCCCGACCUGGUUGAGGCCGCCAAGAACGCCGACAUUUUAAUCUUCGUUGUGCCCCACCAGUUUAUUCCCAACUUUUGCAAACAGCUGCUGGGUAAGAUCAAGCCGAACGCCAUCGCUAUCUCUUUGAUUAAGGGCUUCGACAAGGCUGAGGGCGGUGGCAUCGAUCUGAUUUCGCAUAUAAUCACGCGGCACCUAAAGAUCCCAUGCGCCGUGUUGAUGGGUGCUAACCUGGCCAAUGAGGUGGCUGAGGGAAACUUCUGCGAAACGACCAUCGGUUGCACGGACAAAAAGUAUGGCAAGGUGCUGCGCGAUCUCUUCCAGGCGAAUCACUUCCGAGUUGUGGUCGUCGACGACGCUGACGCUGUAGAAGUUUGUGGAGCCCUUAAGAACAUUGUGGCCUGCGGCGCGGGUUUUGUUGACGGCCUGAAGCUUGGCGAUAACACCAAGGCCGCUGUGAUUCGACUGGGCCUUAUGGAGAUGAUUCGCUUCGUAGACGUCUUUUACCCCGGAAGCAAGUUGUCCACCUUCUUCGAGAGCUGUGGUGUAGCAGAUCUGAUCACAACGUGUUACGGUGGGCGAAAUCGUCGGGUGUCUGAGGCCUUUGUGACUUCCGGGAAAACUAUUGAGGAGCUGGAGAAGGAAAUGUUGAACGGUCAAAAGCUGCAGGGCCCACCCACUGCCGAAGAGGUGAACUACAUGCUGAAGAACAAGGGUCUAGAGGACAAAUUCCCUUUGUUCACGGCUAUUCACAAAAUAUGCACAAAUCAGCUUAAGCCUAAUGAUUUAAUUGAUUGCAUACGCAAUCACCCUGAGCAUAUGCAAAAUUUGUAAAUCCCACUAAGAUGUCGAGAACGUUUUUAACAUGUGUGUCUACCACAUAGAGAAAAUGUAUAUUUUCAACACAGCUUCAUCUCAAUGAAUCUAAGGAGUCCUUUAUAAUUAACACAAACCAGUUAACUUAAGGGACUGUGUAUAGGUUGUUGCAUCGCUAGCUUAUUUUUUAUUCAAAUCAUUGCAUGUCUAACAAACUGCUUUAAUUUAACAAAUUUGGUUUUUUAACCUUAAAUAGCCAAGAAGCAAACGAAUGUACCUAAAAAUAAAUUUUUAUUUUGUGGCCAGGGAAUUCUAUCAAGUGGAGAGAAUCUUAAUCUUAUUCUAAUUGGACAGCGUUAUCUACGGAAUUAAAUACUACAUUAAAUUAAAGCUGACUAGUCAUAUCGGUCGUUUA